AUGAGUCUCCUCAAAGAACGUAAACCAAAGAAGCCUCAUUACAUCCCAAGACCACCAGGAAAGCCAUUUAAGUACAAGUGUUUUCAGUGCCCCUUUACUUGCAAUGAGAAAUCCCAUCUUUUUAACCACAUGAAGUAUGGGCUCUGCAAAAACUCAAUUACGUUAGUAUCAGAGCAGGAUCGGGUUAUCAAGUGCCCAAAAACCAGCUCCUUGGAGCCCAAGCAGAUCAAUCAGCUUGAAUCCACAGUCAAGCCAUCUUCUUCUAAAUCUGUCACCAAUGGACUGGCAAACCUUGAUUCAAAGCCACCAUUUUCUUUUGCAAAAGAAGAUGCCAAGGAAAAUGUUGAACUACAAAACCAGGCAACAACCACAGCAAUUCAAGGACAAAAACCAGUGAUGCAGAAGGAAUUAAGCCCUGCCAGUGUUACCACAGAAAGCACGAUUGGCAUGCAGCCCCUCCUGGACAGCAUUGUAAGGCCCUCUGCUUUUGUUCCUGUAGGAGAACACAGAGAUAGUAAAGGCCCAGAAGCCAGUGAAGUAUCUGAAAUGGUAUCACGCUCUAACAAAAGUUCAGCCUUUCACACUAAGUCUGCAUUUCAUGCACCAAGUCACCCAUGGAAAGCAGGUUCUCCUUUUCUCCCAGAGUUCCCACAUAAAAUUGCUCCCACAAAAGGCUUUGGUUCCAUUUCACCUUAUAUGCAGCCAAUGAUUCCUGAGUACUCUCCUCAUUUUUAUGAGCAUAGGCUGGCUAUCUACACACCUUACCUGCUACCAGGUAAUUCAGAGUGUGAAAGCUCUGCUCUGUCUGUCUAUGGCGCACAAGAUCAAAGACACUUUCUUCCCCAUCCUGGGCCACUUCCAAAACCCAUAAAUGCAUCAGCAUAUGAACACUAUCGAUUGUUCCAACAAUAUCAUUCCACUCCUCCACUACCAUAUGGAUUUUGUAGGCCAACAGAUCCUCCAUUUUACAGAUUUUCACAUGUAGCUGGUAUUAACAGAGAUCAAAAUUCUCAUCUAAUGGAAGAAACUACCUUGCUGUAUCCAGCUUCUUUAAGCCCAUCCCAACAAUACCCUCUAAGUUCACAUAAAAAACAAGGAGAUUAUGAAAAAGAAAUUACAUUAUUGCAUGACAAAAGUCAUUCCAAAGAUGACCAAAAUGAAAGAGAGAAUGCUAAGAUGAGCCCUCUUGCAGGAAGUGCAGCAACAGGCUCCCCUGGCAGACCUAGUCCAACCAACUUCACUCAGACCAGCCACACAUGCGAAGGCUUAUUUGACCUCUCUAACAAGUCAUCUUCCACAUCACUUGGCAAGUAUGAUCAACCAGAAGAAAACUUCACAGCUUUCAGACCUGUGAGAAAAAGCACUGAUCAACCGACUCUACUUCCAAGUGUGCAGACACAGCAAGACAGAGGGGAUUCACCUACCAGCAUUAACGUCACUGAUGAAGAUUCACACACACAGAAUGAAUGCCAUAACCAUGAAGGCUCACUGUCCAACAGUGAAGAAGACACAGGGAUAGCUCCCCUUAAUCUUUCAAAAAAGGGUGACACAAACACAGGACCUGUUCACGAGCAUGCCUAUAAAAACACAUCCAAAACAGAAAGUCAGAACUUUCUAGAACUGCAAGACAUGCCUCUGAACCUCUCGGUAAAAGAUUCCUGUAACACGGGAAACCUGAAAACAUCAUUCCAGAGUCCACCUCAUGAUAAUGGUGCUGCUACUUCUCCGAACACCGAAAGAGAAACCUCUGGAGCAGAUGCAUGUAGCCCCAAGAAUCCUACCAACAGUGCCUGUGACAAAUCUUCUUUCACAGCUCAGCACAAUGAAGCGCAAGAUUUAAGAAUAAUUGACAGCUGUGAUGAGCAGAAGCAAACAGCAGCUGUAGCUCUCUGCCAGCUGGCUGCCUACAGCCCCAGCAAAGUGAGAGUGGACAGUGAAGGGCAGAGUCCUCAGGACAGUAACACCUCAUGUACAGAAGCUGCUCUUAAUUCUACUGAUACUCAGGAUACUCAGUGCAAUCAAAAAGUAAAAGGACAAAAAAGGACAAAUCAAAAAGAAUCGGCAAAAUCCCAGCAGGGCACUAAAAGAGCAAGGUCAAAUGACUGUAGCAGAGUCUUCACUUUAAGGAAGAGAACGAGAGUAUCUUAG